AUGGCGCAUAACAAUUCUUGGACCGACGAGAGUGAUAGUGAUGAUCCGAUGGAGCCCAUAGAUAUCAUGAACGCUAUUAGGAUACUGUCCCACAGACAGCGAAGGAAUCCCCCAAGGCCACAACAUAAUAUCGGCCUCCGAGGACAUCAAUAUAUAUUAGGAAUUCUAAAUGGCCAUCCAGAUAAUUGCAAGAUUAUGUUUCGUAUGGAGGUACCUACAUUCCGCUGUUUAUGCGGAUUGUUACGUACCAAUCACUUGGUACGUGAUUCUAGAAGAAAAGUGACGGUAGAGGAAGUUGUGGGUAUGUUUUGUCUUCUUGUGGGCCAUGCAGAAGGCCAGCGAAUUGUUGGGGAUAGGUUUCAACAUUCGACGCAAACAAUCAAUAAAAACGCUAGAAAAGUCAUUAAUGCAUUAUGUGAGAUUGGAAGGCAUUUGAUUUUGCCAACUCCAAGGAACAACGUGCACCCUUAUAUUUCAAGCAACAAUCGUAAUUAUCCUUGGUUUCAGGGAUGCAUUGGCGUGAUGGACGGUACGAUGAUACCAGUUGUCGUCCCAGCUGAGUUGCGCGAGGCAUAUCGAAAUCGGUUGGGUAGAGUUACCCAAAAUGUGUUGGCAAUAGUUGAUUUCGAUAUAAAGUUUAUAUUUGUUUACACUGGAUGGGAGGGAUCCGCGCAUGAUGCACAUGUGUUCCACCAUGCUGCCAGUGAUCCAGAAGCCCGUUUUCCAUGGCCACCAGAGGGUCAGUAUUAUCUUGUGGAUUCAGCUUAUCCAUGCACUACGGGAUUGCUGCCCCCUAUCCAAGAGAACGUUAUCGCCGGAGUGAUCGUCACAAUGAUAGGGGUUUUCAUGGAACGAACAUUUGGUGUUAUAAAAGAACAAUUCACCAUUCUCUCCAACAUGCCUCCAUAUUCAGUUGGGAGGCAAGGACUUAUUAUUACAGCGUGCUGUGCACUGCACAACUAUAUUAGAACGGUCACCCCCGAUGACUGGAUAUUUCAGACAUGGAGUACGAUGCAUCUACCAGUUAUUGAGCCUGCGGUUGGUGACGGGGGAUCCUCAUCUGGUCAUGUAGACUUGUCAACUGAGGCCCAAAACAAUAUGGGUGCAAUUAGAGAUGAGAUUGCCAUUUCUAUGUGGGAAGCAAGGGGUGGCCAUUGA